GCUGUUCUGAGAGGAAAGGAAGCAAGUCGGAGGGAGACUGGCCGAGCGGAGCAGGGGGUCGUACUGAGCCGGGGUUACAAGCUCAAGGCAGGAAUUUUGACACUCUCAAGAGAAAGGCUCUGCCCGCACAGCUCAGCUGACUCUAUCUACCAUGCGGACUCUGCCCCUCCGGGUCAGGACCGGGGUUUUAAAAUAAGAUGGAUGACCUGACGUUACUUGAUCUUCUGGAGUGCCCCGUGUGCUUUGAAAAGCUCGAUGUCACAGCCAAGGUCCUCCCUUGCCAGCACACCUUCUGCAAACCAUGUCUCCAGAGGAUUUUCAAGGCCCACAAGGAGCUGAGGUGCCCUGAGUGCAGGACCCCAGUAUUUUGCAGCAUCGAGGCAUUGCCGGCCAACCUGCUGCUCGUGCGCCUCCUGGAUGGCAUGCGCUCAGGGCAGAGCUCGGCGAGAGGGGGCUCCUUCCGCAGGCCAGGCCUGCUGACCUCGCAGGACGGCAGGAAAAGCAGGACUAACCCCAGAGCUCUGCAAUCCAGCCCUUUCCGGCUCGUGCCUAAUAUCAGAAUCCACAUGGAUGGGGUGCCACGAGCAAAGGCCUUGUGCAACUACCGAGGGCAGAAUCCUGGUGACCUGAGGUUUAAUAAAGGAGAUGUCAUCCUCCUCCGGAGACAGCUAGACGAGAACUGGUACCAGGGGGAGAUCAACGGAGUCCAUGGGUUCUUCCCGGCCAGCUCUGUGGAGGUCAUCAAGCAACUGCCCCAGCCACCCCCACUAUGCCGGGCUCUCUACAAUUUUGACCUACGAAAUAAGGACAAGAAUGACAACCAGGACUGCCUGACCUUCCUUAAGGAUGACAUCAUCACUGUCAUCAGCCGAGUGGAUGAAAACUGGGCAGAAGGAAAGUUGGGAGAUAAAAUAGGCAUCUUCCCAAUCUUGUUUGUUGAGCCAAAUCUCACAGCAAGACAUCUGCUAGAAAACAACAAAGGCCGUCAGCCAUCCCACACAAAGAGCCUGUCUCUGGUGUCCACAUCCUCUAGAGGCAAAGCCACCAACACAUCCACGCUUCGAAGGGGCCCUGGGUCUAGGAGGAAAGGGUCCGGGCAGUUCUCCAUCACAACAGCCUUAAACACCCUCAACAGGAUGGUCCAUUCUCCCUCAGGGCGCCACAUGGUGGAGAUCAGCACCCCAGUGCUAAUCAGCUCCAGCAACCCCUCUGUGACCAUGCCGCCCAUGGAGAAAGCAGAUGUUCUCCCUGGCUCGGGACAGGUGUGCACAUAUCACCCCACGCCCACCAUCCCAGGACAUUCCACAGCCAUCGUCAGUCUGCCUGGCUCCCAGCAGCACCUCUCAGCUAACAUGUUUGUAGCCCUGCACUCCUACUCAGCCCAUGGGCCUGAUGAGCUGGACCUGCAGAAGGGAGAGGGUGUCAGGGUCCUGGGGAAGUACCAGGACGGCUGGCUCAGGGGUGUCUCCUUGGUCACUGGGCGAGUUGGCAUCUUCCCCAACAACUACGUCAGCCCCAUUUUCAGUGGCAGAAUGGAGAACUGUGAAGGUCAGAUGACCACCCAGAGUACCUACCUUGGCCAACUUCCCAGAAUGCUGGGUGGGAGCAGUGUCCUUGAACUCAGACCACUACUUGUGCAUCUGUACCCCAGAAGGCCGUCUAGUUUCCCUGAUUCCCGGUGCCCUGGUCUCUACACCACAUGGAUGGUAUCGACCUCCUCUGUGUCCUCCCAAGGCAGCUUUGCAGAAGGUGAUCCCCGACAGAGCCGUCCCUUCAAGUCCGUCUUUGUACCCACCGCCAUUGUCAACCCCGUAAGGAGCACAGCUGGCCUGGGGACGGCAGGACAGGGCUCUCUUCGGAAAGGGCGAAACAGCAUGAGAAAGAAUGGCUCCCUACAGAGACCUGUCCAGUCAGGAAUCCCCACCCUUGUGGUGGGCUCCCUCAGACGCAGUCCCACCAUGGUCGUACGGCCUCAGCAGUUCCAGUUCCAUCAGCCACAGAUGGUCACCUCCACACCUUUGGCGGAGAUGGGACCCAAGCCUGUUCCCACGGGGGAGCCUGCCCUCACAUGUGUCAGCAGGGGCAGCGAUACCAGGAUCCACUCAGCAGCCAGCUCCAUCAUCAUGGAAGGCAAGGAAAUCCCCAUCAAGAGUGAGCCUCCACCCAAACCGCCUGCAUCCGCCCCACCAUCGAUCCUGGUGAAACCAGAGAAUUCCAGAAAUGGCAGCGAAAAGCAAGUCAAAACUGUGAGAUUUCAGAAUUACAGCCCUCCUCCCAGCAAACACAGCACCUCUGGGAAGCCUGACCAGCCAGUCACCCCCAAGGGAUCCCCGCCAGAAGCCACUCCCCUGGGCUCAGACAUGACCAUCCUAUUUGCCCACCGAAGCGGCUGCCAUUCGGGACAGCAGACGGACUCCCGGCGGAAGUCAGCCUUCGGCAAGACCAUGGCCCCAGCAUCCGCUGCCUCAGCCACACAGACCGUGUUUCCCAGCAAAUGAGUCUACAGGUGGCUCUUCCUAGACCCCGAAGAGACUCUGCCUUGGUAAUCUUCCCAGGAGGAGCUAGCAACAACUGGGAUAUUGACAAGAACAAGUGAUCAUCAGAUUGGAUGGAAACUACUCAGUGGGGAGUUUAUGGACCCUAUGAUAUUGUUUGGACAUCAAGGAUGGUAUAGGGAUACCAAUAGGUCAGCCUCCAAGACAGAAGGAUAAUAGGAGAAAGAACUAACAUGUCUCCACCCACGGUAUCAAUGGGUGGUGGGUCAGGAUAGAGAAAUCCAAGUAUGUCAUGUGUUGUUUCAGGUUACUUCAUUCUGUUGUCAAAGCCAAACUUGAUCUUGCCAAUUUAUCACACCUUGCAACCUAACUGACACAUUAAUGACUGAACAUCAAAUGCCUUUCAGCUCUAUGCCUGGCCUAUCUCUCCAGCUCAGAAUUAGAGCAGUGCAGGAGAGAGCAGAAUGCUCUGGGAUGUUCAAGCCAGACAGGCCAAUGUGCCUUCAGUGUCCCUAUCCUUUGCCCCCUCCCCUGCCCGACUCCUGACCCAGCAUCUUAUUCCCUCUGCCACAUCCUCAUCCUUUUCCAUCCCAAUUCCACUCUGUCACCUCCCACCCCACACUAACACCUUCAUAUCCAGAGGGCUUCUGUUAGAACAUCCUGGUCAAGGAAACAAGGACUUGGUACCUAAAGAAUCUCAGAUAAGAAAAGUCCACACUGUUAUAAGAGAGAUGGCACAGACUGUAAUGCUUAUAGAGAGGCCAUUUCAUGUCUAAAGAUAUAAAAAUGCACUUUUUUAUUCAGAAAUAAGUCAUCUUAAAGGACAAGUCAUUAGUAGAUAGUCUACCCCUGAUUUUAAAAAAACUGUAUAGUUUUAAAUUAUCUGUGCUAAUACAGAUAAAUGCAACUCACAAGUACCCUGAGACUCUGAACCAUACAUUUUGACCUUCUCUGUUAAGACAUCCAUAAGGAUUUCAUUUUUAAAAGCACAUGUGCCCCAAUUACCAAAGACAGUGACAAAAAUGCAGCAUCAUUUGGGUCUGCUGGUUGUUUUCAAGUUCAAGAUCAUAAUUUAGCAGCGAAGCAUCCUCAGGCUUUCAUCAGGCCUGCUUGUAAGCAGGAGCACCAUCAGCCAAACCUUGAGCAGAGUAAGGACUGGAUUUUGUGGUUACAGAAAUGUUUUUCUUCUACAUGAAGCCAGCACCCAUCCCUUCAUGAGAUGAGUAACUUUAACCACACCCCUCUUUUGGUUAACCUUAGAGGAAUGUGAUAAUAAGCAACAAGAGGCCCCAAAGUAUUGGCUUUACUUGCCAAGUGGUCCGUGAGAAAGCAGGAGGUAUGAGGAGACCACAGAGAGGAUAAUUCAGCGAUGACAUCUUCUCACACAUAAUUAAUGACAGUGCUGCCAAUUGUCAGUCAUCCUUUUUCUCUGAACUGCUGGGACUAAAAUGUUGUUUGCAUUUCCUCUGAGAUGAAUUCAGGUUUGGUUAGCUCCUCAUUAGCCUCAGCAGCAAUGAAUAUAGAGAUGCUGCCUUCAGAUCCUGGAAUCUACUUGUUGCUACCAUGAUGCCUUCCAGCACACUAUACAUAGGUUUCAAUGGCUUCAUUUUUUUCCAGGGUAAAGUCAUUGAAUGUCAGAGUUGGAAAGAAUUUUAUUUUAAUUGAUGAUAUAGGGACAGGUUAAGUAAAGGCAAGCCAUCCACAUGAAAGCAAGUUUUGCAUACUGAGGAAAACAACAUAACUUCUAAUCCCCAGAAACCAGUACACCAUCCUGGCUAAUCACAGCCCUGUCUUCGAGCCCUCUUGCUCAGGCUUUCUUUUCGCACUGACUCCCACCUCAUAUUUAAAGCAACUGGAAACCACCUUUCUUAGUUUUUCACUUUCUGGUUUUGAAGUGUCUGGGAAAUUUCCAGGGUUUAUGGUGGAAGGUGAAUUAGCUUUCCCUCAGAACCUGCUUAACCAACCAACCAAAUAUUUUCUUAAAAACACAAAAUGAAGGCUGAUUUCUUCCCAGCCAAACCCAGAAGGUUAAGAAAAGCUCCCUCAUUUCCUAAAGUUUUCAUCUCUGGACUGUCGGUCCCAGCAUAUAGUUUCCAAAUGGUCAUGGGUCAAAAGGUGAUGCCGGUAGUGGAGGUGGCGGGGAGGAGGGCAAAGGUGAGUUAUAAUGAUCAGAAUGAGGUAAGCCCAGGAGUUUACCCCAGAAUAGUGUGCUAACCAUGAAGUGUUUCAUCUUCUGGGAUUGUUGCUUAUUACUGUGUGUUGUGGGGGGGGAGAGUGUGUUGUUUAGGAAAAGAAAAAAAAGAGGAAAGAAAAUUAAAGGGGAGAAAAAUUCCCCCCUCAUUGGAAAUAUAAGCAAAAAAGCUAUAGACUCUCUUGUGUCUUUGCUUGUUUUAUUUUUUAAGUACAGUGUUUUUAAUAGACCAAAAGAGAAUCUUUGUGAGGAAAUAUGUGUGCAAAUACUGCUUAUAAAAAAAGUAUGUUAGUCAUUAUGGACUAUUGUAUAAAUAAAUCUUAGAUAUAUAAAAUAUAUAAACAUAUAAAAUUCAUUUUAUAGGGUAGUGGACACCUAAGGACUUCCAAGCUUUUCAUAUAUUUGUCCCAAAAAAUAGAGAGUUCCAGGCCUGUCUUAGAAUAUGCCCCUGUAGAGCCAAGAAUUUUGCUGGGGUUUGUUUGUUGGGUUUCUGGUAUUACAAUUUGUCAUGUGUAUGAGUUACUUUGCAAUGUCUGUUGUUGCAUGUGUGUUGGUGUUGUUUGCCCACAUGGAAUCAUGAGAGAUCCUUGUCACACACUGCAUCUCGGAAAACCAAAGGAAACUUUCUAGUGAAAAGAAAAACACACAGAACACUGCCUUCACUCUUGGGUACCUCUCAGAGCUGGGCCACUGACAGCUUGCUAUAAGUCUGAGGAAACUGGAAGUUUAAUACCAGAGUUGUCUCUCGCUUCAAAAUUUGGUGUUAAAUAUCUUUUCAACUGGGAAGGAUGCACAUGUUUUGGUUAAGUCCCUUUCAUUCUUGGGCUUGACAUGUUCUAGAGGAAACCAGGAAUCACGGCCCUGAACCACCUUGCUUUUCGGACCGCUCUCCAGCGUCAGAUUCCCAAGAGGUGUAUCCCUGUGCUAAUUCUCUGUUAUGUUCUGUGAUUCGUUAUAGACUCAAUGCUUUCAAAGCCCAGAGUUUUCUUUAUUUGGGUGUGUGGCUCUAAUGAAAUGUUAAGUGUGCUCUUUACCACCCAUGCUGAUCAGAAAGAGGAAAGGGGAAAUCAGGCAGGUGGCUCCCUUGCUGGAGAUGUCCGCUUGCACCUCUUACAUUAGCUGAGACACAUGGGCCAGAAACUGGUGCGUGAAAUGCCCUCUGUUCUCCACGAAGGACGGUGUCGCUCCUGCAGAAGUGGACAGAUUACUCAAGUCUCCUUUGCCAAAAAUGUUUGUUGUUCAAGGUUGUGAGCUUGUGAAGCCUGAUAUAUGCUUUAGUAAGAAACAAUAAAACAGGUUUAUUUUCAUGUAA